GAGAGGCAGUGAACAGCGGAGGUCUAACGUUAGCUCAGCUACUCACUAGGACAGAGACGUUGGACUGUGAGGACGUUUUGCUGUGAACAUUUCCGAAGGCAAAUGUUAACUUUCGGAUAGUACCGUUUGCUAGACUGUCUAGCGUUUCGGGGGCUAGCUUUCGGUUUACUUACUGGUGUUCUGCGGUGGAAAUAGGAAAAAUGUCGUCUCCAAGUCCGGGUAAAAGGCGAAUGGAUACCGAUGUGGUGAAACUCAUUGAGAGCAAGCAUGAAGUCACCAUCCUCAGCGGACUCAAUGAAUUUGUAGUGAAGUUUUUCGGACCACAAGGAACACCGUAUGAGGGAGGCGUGUGGAAGGUGCGAGUAGAUCUUCCUGACAAAUAUCCUUUCAAAUCACCAUCAAUAGGAUUCAUGAACAAGAUUUUUCAUCCCAAUAUUGACGAAGCGUCAGGGACAGUGUGCUUAGAUGUCAUCAACCAGACAUGGACAGCCCUUUAUGACCUGACCAAUAUCUUUGAGUCGUUCCUGCCUCAGCUGCUGGCUUACCCAAACCCCAUCGACCCCCUGAAUGGAGACGCAGCUGCCAUGUACCUUCACCGGCCAGAGGAGUACAAGCAGAAAAUCAAAGAGUACAUCCAGAAAUAUGCAACAGAGGAGGCUCUGAAGGAGCAGGAAGAGGGGGCAGGCGACUCUUCAUCUGAAAGCUCCAUGUCUGAUUUCUCAGAAGACGAGGCCCAGGACAUGGAGUUGUAGUGAUAGGAGGGCUCCCCCAUCCCGCCUCCUCCUUUAACCCCCACAGAGACUAUAUUUGAUUUCCUAACCAUGAGAAAGCAGACUUAUAAUAUUCAUAUUUAAACAAGUUGAUUUUUUUAUUAUUAUUAUUACUACUAAACAAGGAUUUUUAUGGAUAUCUAGCCUUUGGUGUGUUUGACAGACACCCCUCCCAUUCUGUAGCUGUUCCUCCCUGCACAGAUGUCACGAUUGCUUUCACACUUCUCUCCCUGUCAUCUCUGCAUUUUUAAGGUGUGUCACGUAGGCAUAGGCAGGAAAUCUCCCUGUGAGCAUCUCAUUUCUCGACUCAGAUUUCAUUUUUUGAAAUAUAACUUUGCAGUUUGACCGGAAUCCUUAUUCCCUUUCUUUUUCCACACUGCUAAAUGAUUCUGACCAACAUUUUGUUCGUUGCUCCACGACAGCUGCUUUGGUCUUGCUUGCCUGGGUGCGCAGCCGUUCAGUAUUAUUAGUGUUUUUGAGGUGCACAAUCACACACAAGGUGACAUAGCACACCUUGUAUGAAAAUACUGAAAAGAUGCUCAUAAAUCAGCCCUGGAUGCUGCCUAAGCAUUUCUCUUUCAACUAUUUAUUGAGACAAUUUAGUAAAAAUAUAUGCCUUUCUUUCUGGUUCAGUUUGGAUCCUACCUUGGCAUGUUACGUAAAGUUUUUGUUACUCUUCACUGCAGCUACCCGUUUACAUGUGCCGCUAUGAAGUGCAAAAUAAAUACGAGGUCAGGUCUUGGAAAAUUAAUGAAUGAAAUACAUGUCUCGUUACAGGGUGAGUGACAGUGAGGUGAGAAAGACAUGUUGGGCGCUUUCAGUGUUGAUUUGUGGACCUAGCUGUAUAACUGUGUGGAGGACUGGUGCACGAAGGCAACAAAGAUGAAAGUGGCGUUUGUGGAAAUUCUGGUCAGACUCACUUGGCGUGAUGGGAAUUGGAAGUAGAACGGAGCUACCCUUUAACCAUCUAACCAUCAUUUCUCGUGCAGCUCGCACUAGUUUUCCGUCAGGAGGCACAUCAAACACAUGAGCACCAAACAUUCUCAUUGUGCUGGAUGCCACUGGCGCUCACUCAUCGGCUUUACAAACAAAUUUCUAUGAGUAUUAUCAGUCGAGAAGACUUUUCAGGUAGAGAACGAAUGUAAUUGUCACCUAUUCUGGUGAGUUUAGAGAACCAGCACCAUUAGUUUCAAUUUUAGUGAAAAGCAACAAACAUGGUCACAUGGUUAUCGAGUGGAUCCCAGUAUAUAUGAAGCGUUUUUAUGGCAGAUUCCGGUUUGUGUAGUAUCGGUCAUCCUCACAUUCCACUAUUACUUGGACUGUGCUCCAGUGCAUGCCCUUCAUAUUGGUCUGACCUGUGGUGUGUACCCCGACUGCAUCAACUGGACUCCCGACACUUUACGAUCUCUAUUUGGAUCAGUAGUUUGAAGAUGACAAAAUAAGAGCCCAAGUAGUAGCAAUUUUCGUUGAGGGGAAUUAAUUUCAUCUGUACAGUUUUGACUUGUUAUGGAAAAAGAAAAGCUCUGGUGUUACUCAUUGUUGAUUCAAUUUGGUGGGUUAAGAUGUAAAUCCAUGACGUGUGGAAAGAGAAUCCAAUCGCAACUUUGACCUUUAGCUGUUUUUUUCCUUCUUUUAUUUCCUGUACUGUUUUUUUGCCCGAUGGGGGGGUCAACACAUUUUUUUUUUCUUUUUUUUCUUUUUUGUGUACAGCAUCUACCUUGUACAGUGAUAAAAACACCUCUCUGUAGCCUCAUGAAAACUCAGCGUUGAACCCUGAAAUGCUGAGCGAGUGUUGCUUGUCGAGGCUAACGCGGCAGUCAAACUACCUAGAAAACCUUGAAAUGUAUUCACUUCAUAGAUUGCAGUAGGAGUCACUGGUUGCUUUGUGGCAGAUUUUUGGAUUCCUGAGCGGGAGAUUCAAAGCUGAAUUAUAACUCGGGAGGUCACCUUCUUAUCCCUCUUCUGAUCUCAACUCCCUCUUCUGUGCCUCAUCACGAAAGGAAAGGAUGACCGUAUGAAGAAGUCCCCCAAAAAUAUGUGUCCAAAAAAGCCAUGAAGGUCAAAAAUUAGAAAAGCACAUUGUUUUCUACACAGACUGUUUUGACUCUCCUCUUUCUGCAAUGUGCAAUUUGUGAUUUGGCAUCUAAAUGUUCACUCUGUUGCAGAUCUGGGGCCCAGGGCUGAGUGGCAUCGGGUUUAUUUGAGCUAAUGUAGGAUUGUUAGACUUUUCUGGCUCAGGUUUGAAAUAAAGUUUGGUCGUAUCUUGCAUAGUGAUGAGCAUUUUUCACCCGGGUCGUUUUGAAAGGAUGGGAAUCAUGCCGAUAUUUGUUGAACUGUGUUUUUGACAGGAUAGUUAGUUUUGCUGGGUGUUGACUUCAACUAAAACAACAUAAUGCUAUAUGGCUGUAUUACAGAUAGAGUUAGAUAGUUUGGUAUACUUACCUGGUAAAGCAUUAAUUGCUCAUCUGAUUUUUAGUUAGUGUCUGUUGUGUGGUUAAAUGUAAGAUACUCCAUAGACAUGCCUGCUUGUCCUCUUCUCACAGAUUCAGAGUUGUACAGAUGAGAGAUUUCAAACUAGGGAGAUGUUUGACCUGUAGUGAGCCUGAUAGAUCUAACUGUACAGAAAUCAAAACGUGUGGUUCAGCCCUUUUCGAGUGAUCGGAUUUUCUCCAAAAAAUAUGAUUUAAAACACAAUUCUGUGCUCGUAAUUUUCACCACAUUAGAAUGCCGAUUUAGAACAGAAGCUUAAUUUGUUUUUAAUUUCCAAUAUUUAUCCGGGGAUAAUAUCGGGCUGAUGAAUUCUCUCAUUCAGCCUGAGGAGGUUUUUGUACGAGGGAGAAUUAGUGCCAUGUUGAAGAAAAAAAAAUCUUUGAUUUCAAGAAUAAAGUCGUGAUUUUGAGGGGGGAAAACUCAUAAUAUUACAAGAAUAAAGUCGGAAUUUAACAAGAAUCAAGUCAUACUAUUUCAAGAAAAAAAAUUGGAAUGUUAUAAGAAUAAAGUCGGAAUAUUACAAGAAUAAAGAUGGAAUUUUCGAGAAUAAAGUCACAUUAUCUCAAGAAAAAAAUUCGUAUUAUUACAAGAAUAAAGUUGGAAUUUAACAAGAAUAAAGUCAUGUUAUUUCAAGAAAAAAAAAUCGUAAUAUUACAAGAAUAAAGCCGUAAUUUAACGAGAAUAAAGUCAAAUAAUUGUGUGAUUAAACUUGUAAAUUGAAAAGAGAAAAAUUCGCAAAAAAUGCCAGAAAGUCACGUGAAAUUAUAGAAAGAGCGGCAAAGUCCCAACAGGGAAGAAGAUGUGUUUUAUCUUGAAAUACUAUGAUUAUAUUUUCAUUAAAUUACGACUUCCAUCCAUCCAUGCAUUUUCUAACCGCUUCAUCCUCUUGAGGGUUGUGGGGGGCUGGAGCCUAUCCCAGCUUAAAUUACGACUUUAUUCUUGUAAUAUUAUUAUUUUCUCCUCACAAUUAUGCCUUUAUCCUUGAAAUUUAGGAUUUUUUCCCCUUCAAUGUGGCCCUCAUCCAUCCUUUAAUGUUUGAAUGUUAGCUCGGGGUUGGCUUCCAGCAGGACGCCGCCAUUUUAACUGUUGCAGAGCUAACUGUUGUGAUAUCCAACAUGUCUGAGGCAGUAUAAAGCUAUGUGAAUGUUUUAAACGUGUUCAGUUUGUGGUGACGAUCCGCAUCCACGCAAACAGAACAAACCUGUCUGCAGAUCCCCACUCUCACUAUUGGCUUGUGUUUUCUCCUUCAGCUGCCUAUAGAUGUUUAUUUAUUCAUUAAAGAGACCUCCUAUUUUUUUUUUUUUUUUAAUCUUUGCCAUCAAGCGCCACUGUUGUAAGUUAUGGUUCAGCUAAAUUAUCACACUGAUGAGACAAGAUAGAUCGAGGUUGUUGUUUUUUUUGUUUCAAGUAACUCAGAUUGGAAUUCUUGUUUUACAUUUGUGCAGUAUUGUACUUGAGUGCUGAAAAUACAGUAUAUCCAAGCUGAGAAUUGUAAUAAAAUAGCACAUUAUGAUGCAAUGGUGCAACAGGGAACUAAUGAUUUUUUAUUUUUAUCUUUUUUUUGGUUUAGGGUAAAAAUCAUAGGUUUGGUUUUCAGCAUUAUUUGCAUCUGCUGGGCAAUAAAUUAAUGACAUACUCAGCUGUGGCCUGGUGUUGCUCUGGUAAACAUGACAACCAUCUGAUCUCUUCAGUGGCCUCCAUUGUUCUCUCUCUGUUUUGUUUUUUUUUUUUACUUGCCACAGAUUACAUAUUCAAGGUCAAGAGAGAUAAUUACUGCCUUUGUGUUUCAGGUUGUCUUUAACUUGAGUCAAGAACUACAGAAAAUGUCCUCAAACCAGUGAAUGAUUUUGCUUCCAUUGCAACUUGAAUUCUAAAUUAUUUUUUCUGAAGAAAACUAUGGGAAAACAUGUUUAUUGUGCUUUUAUUUAAUUUCCUUUUGGCUUUCUCCCCUCCUCCUCCUCCUGUCAUGCUCGAAGACCACUGGUGUACAGAUAACACUGUCUUAACUACACAGUUUAAACGGCGACUCCAGACAACCACAUUAUGACGAGGCCUCAAAUUUCAAACUGCAAUCCUGCAGUGAAGGUCCAGCCCAGAGCCAUAGCCCCCCCACAACCGUACUGUCACACUCCCCCACACCCUGCCGGACACAACAAGGAUGAAGGGCCUCCACUAAGCGAAUGGACUGGUCUAUCAUUAAUCCAUAGACAGGACGUCCAGGGCCCGUCCUCCGUCUUAUCAGCACAGCCUCAGAGAGCCAGCACCCUGAUCCUGUAAUAUCACCUCCCCCCCACGUGUGUUGACUGUGUCUCCUUGUGCACUUGCAUGCUUCUGGUGUGGGGUCGAGGCUCGCUUGGUGCACACCUCCCAUUCUGUCUUGUGCUCGUGUGGAUUUGUGCCCUGGCGCCGGCCGACUGCUGCCGUCAGGGGAUCUAGCAGACACACACAGCAUGGAAAAUGGCAGUUUUAAAAAAAGAAAAAAUAGAAACUAUGUAUUUGUUACCUAGUGUGUGAUACUUGAGGGUUAAAAAGUCAAAAGGUUUUUUUUUUUUUGGUUUCGAAAUGUCCAUCCUUGGUCUUAUUUUUAUCACCCUUUUUGACCUCUUGUUUUUUUUGUUUUUUUUUGCAUUGUGAAGUGGGCAUGCUUGUCAGAAAGACAAAUGCUCUCUAUUAAUAGGCUUAUAACCUCAUAAAUAGUUGUGUAUAAAAUAAACUGUUAUAACUUCUUUUUUAAUAAAACAUUCAAUGUGUAUAAAA